AUGGUCGAGAGCCCAAACGCCAUCUCCCUCGGCAUCCUCGUGUUUGCCCCCUUCGACUACCCGACUUUUGGGAUCACAUCAUCUAAGCGACAAGAGUUGGUCUUACUUUUCUGCAUCCAAUUCUUCGUCUUUGGCUCGACCUUCGCCCACAUGGUCGUCGCCGCGUUGCCGGACGCGGAGACGGCCGGCCAGAUUGCCACCAUGCUCUUCUACCUGGCCUUAACGCUCAACGGCGUCUUGCUUCCCCCGAAGGCUCUCCCGGGAUUCUGGAUCUUCGCGUACCGCGUCAGUCCUCUAACUUACCUGGUCAACGGUGUCGCCAUUCCCGCGCCGAACAUGACUUGUGGCGAGUACAUGGUGCCGUACCUCCAGGCCGCAGGACCAUCGGCAGGAACCCUGAUUCACCCCGAGGCGUCCCGAGACUGCGAAUAUUGCCCGUUGCAAUUGACCGAUCAGUUUCUGACGGCGAGGAAUGCCCAUGCAGAAGAUGACUGGCAGGACUUCGGCAUCGUUUGGGCGUUCAUCGGAUUCAACGUCCACUUUAGCCGCAGUCUUCUUCCAUGGCGAACACGGGAGCCCCUCAGAUCCUUCCGAGGGUCUCCCACACGCGUGACGGGUAAAGAGACUUUCGCCGCUAUUGUCAAGCUUUGUCGCUCGCGGUAUAUCACCCAGCAGGGUGGAAUGGAUUGA